AUGACAAGGGCGGAUGCACCAGUUGACAUUGUACAAUAUCUUAGUACUGUCUUUUCAACCUUUCCCACUCCAAUUUCAAUCGUACGCCUAACAGGAGGAGAAAUAAAUUAUGUUUAUCGUGUAUCCUUUGAUCAGCCAAUUGAGGAGUUUGCGAGUGCUCGCUCGGUAGUAAUCAAAAUAUCGUCAGGAACAUUAGCCUCUUUUCCUGAGGUGAAAUUCGGACUUGAACGACAGAUGAUUGAAGCACGUGCCAUGGCCCUUCUUGCGCCUACCUCUACAGGACUUUCUCUGCCUCUAAGCUUUCCAAAUCCAUAUCCACAC